GCGCCUUCUCAGGUCACGUGAGGCGGGAAGAGGCUCCUGCGGCGUUUUCGAGAUGGGGACUUCCCUGGACAUUAAAAUUAAAAGAGCGAACAAGGUUUAUCAUGCUGGGGAAAUGCUCUCUGGUGUGGUGGUCAUAUGUGGGAAGGAUUCGGUCCAGCACCAGGGCGUCUCUUUGACAGUGGAAGGGACUGUGAACCUCCAGCUCAGUGCCAAGAGUGUGGGUGUGUUCGAAGCUUUCUACAAUUCCGUUAAGCCUGUCCAGGUCAUCAACAGCACCAUCGAAAUGGUAAAGCCAGGGAAGUUCCCCAGCGGCAAGACGGAAAUUCCCUUCGAAUUUCCUCUGCACGUGAAGGGGAACAAAGUUCUGUAUGAGACCUACCACGGCGUGUUCGUCAACAUCCAGUACACCCUGCGCUGUGACAUGAAGCGGUCUCUACUGGCCAGAGACUUGACGAAGACCUGCGAGUUCAUCGUGCACUCGGCUCCUCAGAAGGGGAAACUGACUCCGAGUCCUGUGGACUUCACCAUCACACCCGAAACCUUACAGAAUGUCAAAGAGAGAGCCUUGCUCCCCAGAUUUCUCAUCAGAGGGCAUCUGAACUCAACCAGCUGCGUCAUCACACAGCCGCUCACCGGAGAGCUGGUGGUGGAGAGCUCGGAGGCUGCCGUCCGGAGCAUCGAGCUGCAGCUGGUGCGCGUGGAGACCUGCGGUUGCGCAGAAGGGUAUGCCCGCGACGCCACCGAGAUUCAGAACAUUCAAAUCGCUGAUGGGGACGUUUGCCGGAGCCUGUCGGUCCCCAUAUACAUGGUCUUCCCCCGGCUGUUCACCUGCCCCACACUGGAGACCACCAACUUCAAAGUGGAAUUCGAGGUGAACAUCGUCGUGCUGCUGCACGGAGACCACCUCAUCACGGAGAACUUCCCGCUGAAGCUCUGCAGGGUGUAGCCCGGGCAGGGCCGUGGGGGAGCAGCCCGGGUGCCCGGGCAGAGCCAGCGCCCGCACAGACCGCUUUCUCCGCGACUCGUACGAGACGUCCGCCUGGCCCUCAGGUCACAGGCACCUUCUUCCUCGGGACUCCUGCCCCCGGCGGGGGCUCCAGUCAGACCUUUCCUUUGACAUUCUUCGGGAUUUCUUAAAGUUAUUGGCCAGAUCUUCCCCAGAAAGCAACACUUCCGAUGACUCCUGACUUCCUGGCUGCGCUCUAGGGGCGGAGGACUGUUGCAGCAGCAGUUAGAGCUUCGCUGGAAAGUGAGGUCCUGGGACAGCAGGGAGCCCUCUGCGCCUGCUUGAUGGACAGAGCCACUGCGGGACGGGGACAGGCCUGCUCCCUGCUGGUGGCGCCUGCCGAUGCCCUGGAGGAGGGGUGCCGAGGGGCCUCCACUGCAGACGGGGGCACUGAUUCCUCUCUGCUCUGUGGCUCUUCUGCAGCGCUUUUCAUGAUCACUUUAAAACUUUUAGAAAACUGACCCUGGCUGGUUUUCUCAGUGGUUAGAGCGUCAGCCCGUGGACCAGUGAGCCGUG